UCCACCGCCACAUACACCGCUCUGUCGCACUUGUUUGUUUUUGUACAAAAGAGCAACUUUUAAAAACAGGAAUAACUACGACUACAGGAGGUGGAGGAAGACAUGGCGAGACUGGUUGCUGUUUGCAGGGACGGGGAGGAAGAUUUUCCUUUCCUAGCACGACAGAUCCCCUUAUACAUUGAUGACACUCUCACGAUGGUGAUGGAAUUCCCUGACAGUGUUAUGGACCUUAACAGUCAGCAGAUCAAUACAGCUCAGAUGAAACAGUUUGUUCAGUACCACAGCAUGCUGAAACAGCAGGACCUGAACAUGGCUAUGAUGGUCACGUCCCGGGAGGUGUUCAGUGCCUUGUCCCAGCUGGUGCCCUGCGUGGGGUGUCGGCGCAGCGUGGAACGCCUGUUCUCUCAGCUGGUCGAGUCCAGCAACCCGGCGCUGGAGCCCCUGACCGUGGGCGAAACUGGCGUUCUCUCGGUUACCAGGGCAUGCAUGACCGACGCCAGAAAACUCUACACGCUCUUCUACGUGCACGGGUCGAAGCUCAACGACAUGAUUGACGCAAUCCCGAAAAGCAAAAAGAACAAACGGUGCCAGUUGCACUCCUUAGACACACACAAACCCAAGCCUUUAGGUGGAAGCUGGAUGGAUGUUUGGGAGCUCAUGUCUCAGGAGUGCCGAGACGAAGUGGUUUUGAUUGACAGCGCUUGUCUUCUGGAGACGCUGGAGACAUACCUGCGGAAACACCGGUUCUGUACUGACUGUAAGAAUAAGGUCCUGAGGGCCUAUAAUAUUCUGGUGGGGGAACUGGACUGCAGUAAAGAGAAGGGUUACUGCGCCGCGCUGUACGAGGGUCUGCGCUGCUGUCCGCACGAACGCCACGUCCACGUCUGCUGCGAAACCGACUUCAUCGCUCACCUGCUAGGCCGGGCCGAGCCGGAGUUCACCGGAGGAUACGAACGCAGGGAGAGACAUGCGAAGACCAUUGACAUAGCCCAGGAGGAGGUGUUGACCUGCCUGGGGAUCCACCUGUACGAGAGGCUGCACAGAAUCUGGCAGAAGCUGCGUGCCGAGGAGCAGACCUGGCAGAUGCUCUUUUAUCUGGGCAUAGACGCACUACGCAAGAGCUUCGAGAUGGCAGUGGAGAAGGUACAGGGCAUCAGCAGGUUGGAACAGCUGUGUGAAGAGCUGUCUGAAGAGGAGAGAGUGCGAGAGCUCAAACAGGAGAAAAAGAGGCAGAAACGCAAGAACAGACGCAAAAACAAAUGCAGCUUUGACAUCCCUGAGCCUGUGGGGGGAAAGGAAAAGAGUCUGGAUGAGGGUUCUGUAGGGUCUGUGGAGGGCAGCUGUAAGUCCUGUGGAGGUGGGGAGGAGACUAACGGCUGUGUGGAGGUCGUCGUCACCAAUGAAAACUCCUCAUGCAGCUGCCCUGCAGGCUCCAUACUGGAUUCACCCAAAACCAAGAAAGGUCUGUCUCCCCUCAGUAACAGCAGUGACUGUGGCUACUCCUCCAGUAUGGAGGGGAGUGAGAUGGGCUCCAGGGAGGGGUCCGAUGUGGCGUGUACCGAAGGCAUGUGUAACCACGACGAAGGAGGCGAGGACUCGUGCAGUCAGCGCUGUUCAGAGGAGAAGGACGAGGAUGGGGUGGACAGCUGCGUGGAGUGCUGGGCCAACUCUGAAGAGAACACAAAGGGCAAAAAUAAAAAGAAGAAAAGGAAGAAUAAGGGAUCACUGUGUACGAAUGAGCAGGCUGCCGCGGCAGACGGCUUUGCGAGCGAGAGCAGCAGUAGGAGAGUGUCUUCAGCGCACACGUGCAGAACCAAAGAGACGUGUCCCAAGCUACGCUGUGAUUCGCUGGCCAGCAUGGCUCUGCAGCUUCCGUGGGCGGGGCAUGAGAAAGUCGCGGGCCACGCCCUCGGACAGCCGUCACCUGAACUGUGUUCCCAAGGAGACUGUUCCUCCACUGCCAAGAGUCUUAUAGAGCUGCUAGAUGAGUCAGAGGUGACCUCAGAUGAAGAGAACUGUCUCACACAGGACGAGAUCCAGUCUUUUGUGGAAAACAACAAGUCAUUCUACAGCACCCGAGACCAGUACAGACAGUACCUUAAAGAUCGCUUCACUAAAUACUGCCGCUCCACCGAGCAGAGAAAACCCGUCUGCAGCGGAGAGUGGCUGCCCGCCACCAGCGUUAACUAAGGAAUCGCGCGCA